AUGAACCCAAAAACAGUGCUUAUUCAUAGACGGUUUGAGUACGAUGAUACUGUAAUCAGUGAUGGUCAUUUUGUUCCAACAAAUUUUGAAGUUUUGAAACUGUUUUUAAAACGAAGAUGGUCUCAUGUCUUCCACAAGAUUGUUAAUAAAGAUGGGUUUGAAAUUAAAGGUUUACAACAGUGGUUGGAUGGUAAAGAGGCUGCUGGUGGUAUUCAAACGGUAUGUUUUUAAAUCAGAAGACGCAGAUGACGUAUUUUACAAAAUUAUGUUAAAACCAAAUUUGUUGCCAAAAGUUAAAAAAACUAUUUUUUUAAAAAUACGCAUCAACUAACCCCUUUGAUCAAAAUACAAUUUAAAAAAUAAGAAUUCAUUUUAGAAUAAAAUAACUAUUUUAGGAAGUAAAAUAUAAUAACAGCAAGUGGGAACCACAAUUUGUUGCACUAAACGCUGAAUCAACUCCAUUUCACGAUGAAACCUUUCUGUAUCGUUCUCGUUCAAAUGUUCAGUGGGUAAGAAUAGAAAAGUCAUAUUUUUAGACUAAAAAUCUUAAUUUACCUUUAUAAGUUUUAGGCCUAGCCAAAAUGAUAAUAAUAAACGAUUAAAACAAGUUUUUAAUAUAAAAAAGAAGACCUGUGCUACCAUCAACACAAAAAGAAAAGCCCAUUGAUUGCGCUUACAAUAACUUUUUAUAAUGCUGCCAUUCCCAUUACAGGUCCAUGAACUGUGUCGAGCAAACUUUACCUUCAAAGUGCUGAACCGUGUCUUCACUGUUCACAGCGGAAUCAAACGUGCUGAAAAACAAGAAUUUCGAGAACUUAUUGAUAAGGCUGUUCAGUCUGGAUUACAAAAACAAAUUUUGACAAACUUUAAAAAUCGACUAGAUCAAAUGUACCCUUAUACUGAAAAGUUUUGUCCGUUUUUUGAUUAUCCAAAAUAA